AUGAGGGCCAUUAUUAUUGCCGCCUGGCUUGCCACCGUGCUGGCUCAGGUGGUUCCGAAGUGGUACAUGGAUAACGAGUACAUCAGAGAUACCCUCAAUAGGGACGAGUACAACACCAAUAAUGCGUUCAAGUCGCCAAUUGAUACGAAAAAUUUCCCGCCGAUAAUUCCGCGGCCGACCGAGGAACAGCGCACGCUCAAGUCCGGAGAGCUUCCCUCGUAUGUAAUCGAUUAUGCGCCCUAUGUGCAUCUCUAUCUGGAAGAGCGGUACAUGCCUUACGACAUCAGGGAGUUCGUGACGCAUUUUCAUGUAGAAAACAAAAACGGGAAGGUCUUUCCCUGGACUCAGAACGGCGGACUCAACAUCAGUCUGCUUGCUAAGCUUCCAAAGAGCAGAGACCUCUUUCUCACCUCCGACGAGGAUUUCAAUACGGACCCUGACUGGAUCACGGGCGUCAAGAAUCAGCCUUCGCUAGUCGACGGCAAAAUCGAGAACGCCCCCGCAACGUUGAUCGUAGUAGACAAAGGUAACGGCUGGGUAGAUGCCUUCUGGUUCUACUUCUAUUCGUUCAACCUAGGCCCUUACGUGCUCGGAAAUGGGCCUUACGGUAAUCACGUAGGAGACUGGGAGCAUUCUCUAGUUCGUUACUAUAAAGGAGAGCCCAUCAUCGUGUGGAUGUCUGCCCACGGAGGAGGUGGAGCCUUCUUCUAUGACAACCUCGAGAAACAUGAGAUUGAAUCCACACACCCCAUCAUCUUCUCUGCCAGAGGCACCCAUGCAAAUUACGUUUCUGUGGGCACACACCCUCACGAUCUUCCAUAUGAGAUCUUAUGCGACUUCACAGAUAGAGGCCCCUUGUGGAACCCAUCCAAGAAUUACUUGGGCUACUUCUACGAUGGAUCUUUCGUUCAGCCCAUAGAAGAGAAUCAAAACCCCGAGCAUACGGGCAGAGAGAUUGAGUAUGGAGACUGGCUUACGUUCACCGGUCAUUGGGGCGAUAAACAGUUACCAAGUGAUGACCCGCGCCAAGUAUACUCAACAAUAGGAGGUUAUAAGUACAUUGAUGGACCACGAGGUCCAUUGGCCAAAAACUUGCUCCGAAUCAUUCCUUGCGAAAGAGCCAAAUGGUGGAACUUCUGGAAUGGUUGCAAUGUCCGUGAGAACAUCAAGUAUGGUGUUGGAAUUGAGAGCGAGGGUUACAACUGCGGCAAUAUGUUUGUGCAUGUGAAGUCACAAUUUAUUAGAAAAACACUACAAAUGGUUACACUGGGAGGCUGGUUCUGCUACGUUGCAGACUUGGUAUACGGUUAG